CUUGUAAUUUGCGCAAGUCUUGUUAACCAGUGUUAUUCAAGCGACCAUUGUUAUUCUUACCAACUUGUAAUGUAAACAAGCCUUGUAAUUUGCGCAAGUCUUGUUAACAUUCAGCAAUUCAGAUGACCAUACAAGCAACAAGACUUGUUUUAACUCUUGUAAAAUGUACUUGUUAACUAACGCGGUUGCAAUUGCUGGCGUUAAGUCCAACAAGAGUGGUUGAGAAAUCUAUUUUAAUAAGAUCGUUCUAUAUGUUCAGUUGGAUUUCAACAUAGUUUUUGCGAAUUCGACAUUUAUUCUGAAAAAAAGAGAUGGACCAGGACUAUUUACUGCUUUUGCACAUGUUACAACAAGCAGAUGAGAGAUACCAAGUUAAUUUACGAAGACGGACACUCCGUGAUGCAAGUAACCCCAUGACGAUGCCGGAAAGUACGUUCAUGUCAGUGUUCAGACUAUCUAGGGAAUUGGCUCAGGAUGUUAUAGAUGAACUUAGCCCUCAUCUUCGGCAGGAAAGAGGACCAACACCAAUACCAAUUUACCUUAGGAUUCUUGUGGCGCUGCACUUUUAUGGACAGGGUAGUUACCAAAAAGGUGUUGGUAAGGACUACCACCUAGCCAUGUCGCAGUCAUCAGUCAGCAGGUGCAUCGCAGAAGUCACUGAUGCAAUAAACGAGGUAAUGGUAGACAGGGUGAACUUCCCAACAACAUUUCAACAAAAAAAUGCUGAAAAACUGAAGUUUGCCCAAAUUUUACAUGGAUUUCCGGGGAUAAUAGGAGCCAUAGAUUGUACGCAUGUUGCAAUUCAGUCGCCACCUGUUCAUCAUCCAGAAUACCCAGCAAUUGUAUUCUACAACCGGAAGGGUUACUAUAGUAUCAACACACAAAUAAUUUGUAGUGCCGAUUUAAAAAUUUUGAAUGUUAAUGCACGGUUUCCCGGGUCUGUGCAUGAUUCGGCCAUUUGGACAACUUCAGCCAUAUAUCAACAUUUAAGAGACGCAUACAAUAAUGGAGAUACAGGAUCGUGGUUGAUAGGUGACUCUGGCUAUCCCUUACAACCGUGGCUCAUGACCCCAUUAGGUGGACAGGGUUUAACACCUCAAGAGCAACGGUACAACGUAAUACACAAAAGGUGCCGUAAUGUUAUAGAAAGGCUAAAUGGUGUGUUAAAAGGAAGGUUUAGAUGCCUACUGCGACACCGUACACUCCAUUAUUCCCCUCUACGAGCUGCAAAAAUUAUCAACGCUUGUUGUAUUUUACAUAACUUAUGUAUUGAAAGACGGCUAGAAAAUAAUGAGGAAUGGCCUAACGAAGAGGACGAAAUUGUUGAAGAUAAUUUCAAUAACAUACCACAACAGGAACAAGGCAAUGUUCUUCAUAUAGGAAGAAUAACUCGAAGGCGAAUUAUUGAUAAUUAUAUAAAUUAAUAAUCAUGUACAUAAUACGUUGUAAAACCUUUAUUCUUGAAAAUUACAUUUAAUAGUCGUUUCAA